GUUAAUGAGGAAGGGCCUACGGGAGUCAACAACUGAUCGUGAAAUUGUGUGGCCUCCCAUGGUGAUUGUUAUGAACAAAAACUUGAGGAAAAUGAGAAUGAUAAGUGGAUCGGAAUGGGGAACCAAGAACUGCUUGAAUAUUUCGGCUCAUAUGCUGCCAAAAGGGCUAGGCAUUCAUAUGGCCCACAUGGUCAUCGUGGAAUCAGUGUGUUAAUUUUUGAUUCUUCUGAAAUGGGCUAUAUGGAAGCUGAACGAUUGCAUAGGCAUUUUGUGGAGCAAGGAACUAGUAGGGAGGCAUGGGAGCGUAGUAAUCCUGUGCUAUUCUGCCAUGGCGGUAAACGCCAAUUAUAUGGAUACUUGGCACGCAAGGAGGAUUUGGACAUUUUUAAUCAACACUCUCAAGGGAAAUCUCGACUCAAGUUUGAUGUGAGAUCAUACCAGGAGAUGGUCGUUAUUCCGAUGAAACAAAUGAGUGAGGAUAAUCAGCAGCUUACAUAUCUUAAGAACAAGGUCGUGAAAGAAAAGGAGAUUUCAAAGGCUCUCCAUGAUAAUUUUGUAGCUGUGACCCAGAAGCUGCGUGAAACCAGUGAAGACAACCAGAUUGUAAGGCUUAGAACUAAGAUGCAACAAGACGAGAGCAAAGAAAUGAUGGAUUAUCAAGAACGCUUCUUUAAGGAUCAAAUAGACAGAAUACAUAAGCAUACUGAAGAGAAGGAAAGGCGGUAUGAGAAGUUGCUUCAAGAGGAGCGUGCUAAGGCAAAAUAUACUGAUUCAAACUAUGAAUAUGGCGGGGAUCGCAUACUGAGCAAGAAGAUUGAAAAGUUUAUAGAAAGCCAGACGAAAGAUGUGGAAGCAUUUGAGAGUAGAAGGGAGAAGCUUAUUAAAGCACAUGAUGAGAAGAAGAUUUCCUUGAGAAGACGACAUUUGGCAGAAGAGGUCGAACUGGAGAAGGAAUUUGAUGCCGAGCUUACCCAAUUGAUGGAGGAGUAUGCGCCAAACUCUUUUAAUAACUCCGGCUCUGAUUAACAACUUCGAUCUAUUUUGUUAUCUAGUAUUGUGAGGGACAAGAAGAAGAUUGGCUGGAGGGAGAUUUUAGGUUAAAUGGAUGAAUGAUCUUUUGAUGCGCACUUUCAUUGAUUACAUUGAGCUUUUUACAGUAAUGAUGCUGAUAGUGAUUAGUGGUUAAUGGCACCAUGCAAUUAACCUCAUCUACCCAUGGAUUAGUAUUUAAUUCCAUCAUUCAAAAUUUGAGUUUUCAUUUGGUCAUGCUUUUUAGCCACUGCUUGAUGUAUGUAAUACAUUUAUUAUAGUGCAUAUGUAAAAUCUAGAAGCACAAAAA